GCCGUCGGACGGUACGUUCGCUGCUGGUGCUUACCGUCCGUCCCAAUUUACGUAUCUGUCUCGCGCGGAACAAUUUUGGUAUACAGAUGACGCAGAAAAUUGGCAAGCUAUAUAUAGAGAGAGUUGCUUGUAGCUUUGGCCAGACACAAGCACAGCACAAAACCAUCAUCCCACGAGCAGAUCGACAGGAGUGGGAAGACCAAGUUUAGGACCAACCAAGGAUGAAGAGCAGCACACUGGUGGCGAUCCUAAUCCUCCACGCCGUCAUGGUCAUGGGAAUCCUCUCACACUCACAGGCCGUCGACGAUGACGCAGAAAAUUGGCAAGCUAUAUAUAGAGAGAGUUGCUUGUAGCUUUGGCCAGACACAAGCACAGCACAAAACCAUCAUCUCACGAGCAGAUCGACAGGAGUGGGAAGAGCAAGUUUAGGACCAACCAAGGAUGAAGAGCAGCACGCUGGUGGCGAUCCUAAUCCUCCACGCCGUCAUGGUCAUGGGAAUCCUCUCACACUCACAGGCCGUCGACGGUACGUUCGCUGCUGAUGCUUACCGUCCGUCCCAAUUUACGUAUCUGUCUCGCGCGGAACAAUUUUGGUAUACAGAUGACGCAGAAAAAUUGGCAAGCUAUAUAUAGAGAGAGUUGUUUGUAGCUUUGGCCAGACACAAGCACAGCACAGAACCAUCAUCCCACGAGCAGAUCGACAGGAGUGGGAAGAGCAAGUUUAGGACCAACCAAGGAUGAAGAGCAGCACGCUGGUGGCGAUCCUAAUCCUCCACGCCGUCAUGGUCAUGGGAAUCCUCUCACACUCACAGGCCGUCGACGAUAACUUCCCCAAGUGCUGCGACAAGUGCGACUCCUGGUCGGGGUACCAGUUCUAUGACGACGUCGGCCCCAGGUGCCGCCACGGCUGCGCCAACUGCCAGGGGGUGCAGAUGAGGCCCGUGAAGACGUUCCGGUGUGGAGAUGGACGCCCCGUCUUCGACGGGCAGGGCACGCCCACGCCCUGCCCGCCGCCGUGCAAAAAGCACUGAUCGCUCCAGCUCCCUCAGACACUGACGAGAUCGAUGUUGCGCCCAAAAUAUAAAAUAAAAAGGCUCCGGUGAGAUGAGCAGAGCCACGCUUAGCGUUCUCUUUCCUUUGAGAGAUAAUAUAGUUGAUGUAGCUUUAAAUUAAAUAAAUAAACACGGGCAUUAGUUUAUAUAUGCGUCUCUGCUUAACCAAAUAAAAAUCAGUUUAUUUGUGCGAAAUAUUUGUGCUCUUCAGUGCGCAGCGGUGAACGGAACCUUCUCGGUGCUCAAGCAUGUAUGUAUAGUUGCCACACUCGGUGUGAGUCGGAAUAAUUAUUUUUUUCCAACU